AUGUUGGAUGAGGAUCAAAGUGGUAAAGUUGUAAAUCGGAAAAUACAGAGUGUUGGAUUGUGUGCUAGAUUCCAGUCAAAUCCAAAAGAAUCUCAUUUGACGGCAGUCAAAAGAAUUCUUAGGUAUUUGAAAGGAAGUGACGUUCUCUGUUUGUUCUAUCCUCGACGUGACACGUUUGAUCUAGUUAGCUACUCUGAUGCUGACUAUGCUGGGGACUUAGUAAAUGGCAAAAGCACUUCUGGAAUUGCUGAGUUCCUAGGAACAAGCUUAGUUUCUUGGAGUUCAAAUAAACAAAACAUUGUUGCACUCUCAACAGCUGGGGCGGAGUAUGUAGCAGCAGCUGCUUGUUAUUCCCAGGUAUUGUGGAUCAAACAACAGGUACGUGAUUUUGGCAUUAAAUAUAAGUGUGUUCCUAUUUUCUAUGAUAACACUAGUGCAAUAUGUAUCUCCAAGAAUCCAGUACAUCAUUUUAGGUUCAAGCAUAUUCGUAUCAGACAUCAUUUCUUGAAGGACUAA